CGAGGCGACAAUAAAUUCGCCGGCUGCCCGCCUACCCGCGCCUCCUCCGAUCCCUGCGGCUUUCUUUCCUUUUCCUACCCAGCCUGCGGCGCCCAGGCAAGCAAGCAGCAGCGUCCGUCCAUGGCCGGCGGGGACGACGACGCGCACGGCGGGUCCGGGGCCCGGCUGGAGAGCAUCCUGGCGGACGCGUCGGCGCCGCGGGCGCGGCGCGCGUGGGCAGCGGGCGCCAUCGAGCUGCGCCUGCUGAUGCGCCUGGCGGCGCCGGCGGUGGUCAUGUACAUGAUCAACUACCUCAUGUCCAUGUCCACGCAGAUCUUCGCCGGCCACCUCGGCAACCUCGAGCUCGCCGCCGCCUCGCUCGGCAACACCGGCAUCCAGAUCUUCGCCUACGGCCUCAUGCUGGGCAUGGGCAGCGCGGUGGAAACGCUCUGCGGCCAGGCCUACGGCGCCCAGAAGUACGAGAUGCUCGGCAUCUACCUGCAGCGCUCCGCCGUGCUCCUGUGCGCCACCGGCGUGCCCCUGGCCGUGAUCUACGCCUUCUCCGAGCCGCUCCUGGUGCUCCUGGGGCAGUCGCCGGCGAUCGCCCGCGCCGCCGCCGUCUUCGUCUACGGCCUGGUCCCGCAGAUCUUCGCCUACGCCAUCAACUUCCCCAUCCAGAAGUUCAUGCAGGCGCAGAGCAUCGUGCUCCCGAGCGCCUACAUCUCCACCGCCACGCUCGCGCUGCACGUGCUCCUGAGCUGGGCCGUCGUCUACAAGGCCGGCCUCGGGCUGCUGGGCGCCUCCCUGGUGCUCAGCCUCAGCUGGUGGGUCAUCGUCGCCGCGCAGUUCGCCUACAUCGUGACGAGCCCCAAGUGCCGGCACACGUGGACGGGGUUCACCUGCCAGGCGUUCUCGGGCCUCGGGGACUUCCUCAAGCUCUCCGCCGCGUCCGCCGUCAUGCUCUGCCUCGAGACCUGGUACUUCCAGGUCCUCGUGCUCAUCGCCGGCUUGCUCCCGAACCCUGAGCUUGCCCUGGAUGCGCUCUCUGUUUGCAUGACGAUUUCAGGGUGGGUGUUUAUGAUCUCGGUAGGAUUCAAUGCCGCUGCAAGUGUGAGGGUGAGCAAUGAGCUUGGUGCCGGCAACCCAAAGUCUGCGUAUUUCUCCGUGUGGGUCGUGACUGCGCUCUCUGCGCUAAUCAGCAUCAUCAUUAGCAUUGUGAUCCUCUGCUUGCGCAACUACAUCAGCUACUUGUUCACGGAGGGUGAGGUGGUCUCAAAUGCAGUGGCAGAUCUCUGCCCGCUGCUUGCCGUCACGCUCAUCCUCAAUGGCAUCCAACCCGUUCUGUCAGGUGUCGCUGUUGGAUGUGGAUGGCAACAGUUCGUGGCCUACGUGAACAUCGGCUGUUACUACAUUGUUGGCGUGCCCCUUGGCGCCCUUCUCGGGUUCGUCUUCAAGCUCGGCGUAAAGGGUAUUUGGGGUGGUAUGAUUGGAGGAACUUGCAUGCAGACGGCCAUUUUGCUGUGGGUCACCUUGAGAACAGAUUGGAACAAAGAGGUAGAAGAAGCUCAGAAAAGGCUGAACAGAUGGGAGGAUGAGAAGACGGAGCCCCUUCUUGCGGGGGUCAGCAAUGGCAAUUAACUGAAACCGUGAGGAUCAAUCGGUUAUUUCGACAUCCAUCCAUCACCGUGCAAGUACAAGCCUUUCUCCGGAGUGCUUAGAUUCUCUCUCUUUUCUUACAGUAUCAGUGGUACCAAGCCGCUGAGAAAUUACAUGCACUGAUAAAUGUUACUCGCACGUCGCAAAUUUUUAGUGAAAUGAAAAGGAAGAUUUUAGAAAACAGAAACCUUAUUCUGAUUUUGGUUUUCGUAUCACGGAUGCUGGUUCGCGCUUUA